UGAAAGGAGGAGGCUUAGCAUCUAAAAUUGGUUCACGGGUUAAUGUGGAGUUGUGGACCACAUCUGUUUUGUCCUUCUUCAAACAAACUUCUCUAUGUGCUUAACGAUUGGUUACUGUUGUGAACCAAUUCAGUACUUUCUUCAGCUGCCACCACCAAUACAGUUCUCCUCGCCACUGUAUUUCACUGUCUAACACCACUCCACCAGGCACCAACAUAUACCCUUUUUUAUUUUUGUCAAAGUUAUGGUUUACAAUAUAAAUAGAUGUGAAUAAUUGAAUCAAACUCAAAUAAUGUAAACCAUUCCCUUUCCCUUCCCAUCCCCAGUUCUUCUUUCCCUUUUCCUUCCUCUUCUCCUUCCCCAAUCUGAGGCUUUUUCCCUUUUCCUUCGACUUCCCCUUCUCCAACCCAUCCCCAAUUCCCCUUUCACUUUCCCUUCUCCUUCUGAAAUUUUUCAUAUAAACCAAAUCACAGAUAAAAUAUUUUUAGCCUCUUCUACUUGCUAGGUUGAAAAGAUUAAGAAUAGCUGCAUGUGUUUUCUAUGGCAUCAAGUUAUUUACAAUCCAUCCUGUCACCACUUUUAAGUUUUUCUAAAUAGUAAAUAACCAAAAACGUCUGUGUUUUAAGUUUUUCUGUGAUUCAUGAGGAUCAUGUUCAUCUCCGAUCCUUCUUUCGGACGAAGCAGCCGCUACUCCCUCUCUCAGAUCUGGCUCACGGGAUCGGAGUCUCACUUUACUAACUUCUGCAAGGUAAAUGAAGAAGAAAGUUAUACAGACUUCAACCAUGGAUCUAUUGCGCUGUAUAUGGUAUAUACAACUUGCUACUCUUCUUGUUUCACCUCCAAUCCGCAAAACUACGGUAGCUGUAUGUGUCUUCAGAUAUUUGGUGUAUCUCAAGUCACUGUCAGUGAAGUUGAAGCACUUUUUGAACUAUUUAAGAGCAUAAACAGUUCGUUUGUUGAUGAUGAUCUAAUAAGCAAGGAAGAAUUUCAAUUGGCAAUCUUCAAGAAUAGGAAAAAGGAGAAUAUCUUUGCCAAUCGGAUCUUUGAUCUAUUUGAUUUUAAGAGGAAGGGAGUAAUUGACUUUGAUGACUUUGUUCGAUCUGUCAAUGUCUUCCACCCAAAUGCACCACUGGAAGACAAGAUUGAUUUUUCAUUUAGGCUCUAUGAUUUGGACAGCACAGGCUUUGUAGAACGCCAAGAGGUCAAGCAAAUGUUGAAUCCGCUUCUCUAUGAAUCUGAAAUGACGCUAGCAGAUGAGAAAUACCCUCACCACUACCAACACAAUUACCUCGUCCACCACCACGAACACCAACAUCAACACCAACACCAAAACUAACACAACCACCACCACCACCACCACCACCAACACAAACACCACCACCAAUACCAACGCUAAGAACACCAAACAACAGCAACUUCUUCCAUUAACAAAUUAAAAAUAUAAUAACAAAAAUCAGAUUCAACAAAACCAACAACAAUUCAGAAAUCAAAUCAGAUUCAACAAGAACAAAGCCAACAAUGAUUCAACAAAUCAAUAAGCAGAAGAAGCGAAACAGAGAUCGAAGCAAGAAGCAGAGGCGGCGAGGCGCAGCGGCGAGGUGGUGAGGAGCAGCGGAGUGAAAGCCGAUGACGAUGAGGAGGGCGAGGCGGGGGCGAGGCGGCGACGAGGGCGAGGAGGAGGAGCAGAAACAGAUCGACGAGGAGGGCGAAGCGGUAACGACAAGGGCGAGGAGCGGCGGCGACGACGACCCCUUCUCUCCCCCCUUCUCCCUAUUUCUCCCCCUUUUCUUUUUCUCCUUUCUUUCGGCGACGGCAGCUCCAAGCUUCGCCGCGCCGUCCUCCUCCCCCCUUCCCCUCUUCCCUUCCCCUCCCCUCCCCUCCCCUCCCCUCCCCUCCCCUCCCCCUUCGUAUACCUUUUUUUUUAUC